CAUUUGAAUGUAAAUUUGAAUAAAAUGGUGAUUAUAAAAAUUUGUAUCUACUCAUCCAGUGACUACAUACUGUGAAAGCAGGUAGUGGGGAAUAUUUUGCAGGAAAAAAAUAACUAUAUAUUUUUUAUUCAUUGGUCGGUCAUAUAAAUCUAGGAGUAUAUUACUGUACUUUGUAGCACAGAAGAUCAUACUUAAUUAAUUUACGCAUUUCAGCUAAGUUCAAAAGGUUCCCCACCAUUUUGUGUAAUCUACUUUUCGGUUCCAGUUUCUUGGUCGUUAUACAUGGUGAACAAAAAUAUGUACAUAAAUAACCGGAAGAGAUAAUGAUGUUGGGACAAUACAAGAUAAAAGAAAUAUUGUAUUUAAUUUUUUAAGAUAUUCACGUAGCAUAACUUGUUAAAAGAAUUUUGUAUAUAGAGAAAAUAUUUUGUUUAAUAAGAAUUGAAAUCUGUGAAACCUUUGCCCACUCGGUAUACAUAACUGGCGAUACUUAAGGCGCUUGCGCCAGGCUGUUGUUUACUGAAUUGUAACCAAUCAAAGUCGACAUGCGCAGUAUAAACGAAAACUCAUCGUCCAAAAGAUAUGAUCUGCGGAACGAAAUAUAUAACGUAUCUGUAUUUCCUACAUAUUUGCGAGAAAGAAUUUCCGCUUCUUGCACGAGUUUUACUUUUGGCUGGACACGUAUCCUGGCAAAUGUAUUUUUUACUCUUAGCCCUUUUUUAAAUUAAAUAUCUUCAUGCGCGUGCGUGAAAAGUUGUACAUACAAAAUCUAGCACAUUUCCAUAAUUCAAGAGUUACAGGUGUAGCACUAAAAGAGAACAUUUAGGAGAAUAAAUUGAGUAUGAUAUCUCUAGUUAGGAAAUGCUAAGAAGUUUUAUAAUAUAUUUCAUUACAUUAAGUUGAGAAGGUGUAAAAAUGUCGCGUUCGAAAUCUGAAAAGAUAGGAAACGGUGGCAAAUGUGAAUUAAGUGUUUGGACACGUGCAAUAACAGCAAAUUCCGAAUGGCCAGAUAAAGAAGAAUUUCUUGACGUUAUAUAUUGGGCUAGACAAGUAAUUGGAAUUAUUGUUGGUAUAGCAUGGGGCCUUAUACCUUUAAAAGGUUUCAUAGCUUUAUUACUAUUUGUACUAGUCAAUGCUGGUAUUACGUACCUAUAUUUUAGUAAUUUUCAACAAAUUGAUGAGGAAGAAUUUGGUGGUAUAUGGGAAUUAACUAAAGAAGGUUUUAUGACAUCAUUUGCUGGUUUUUUGGUUACAUGGAUCAUUAUAUAUUCUGGAUUACAUUUUGAUUAAUUAUUUCAAUGAUGUCAGUGGUGACUAGACUGAAAAAAACUUGUACAAUAUUUUUUAACAAUCAAGUGCUUCAUGCAAUUUAUCUUGAACAGAUGAAAAAAUAUUUUCACAUCUUGUAUAAGUUAUUUGGGCUUUAAACUUUCAGAACACUUAAUAAAUGUACAAUAGAACUUUU